AUGAAUGAAAGGCCACUGCAAGGCAUUACACCUGGAGAGCAUUCUCUCCGGGACGACUUGGUGGGUAAGUUUCGCUUGUCCGAUUUCGAUGCUUGCAGCCCGCCGCUGAACGCGGCUUCCCGUGGCGAUGAUGCAGAGGAUCCGAACGAGGCAGAGUACAGCCGGCUCUUUGCAGCAGCAAACAAGCUGGAUGAUGUUGAUGCCAUCCUGAACUUUGCACAGCAUCUCCGAGAACAGGAGGACCAGGGCGCCCUGGUCUGGAUGCGCCGCGCCGCUCGGAAGGGUCAUCCGCUGGCUUGUUUGUUUCUAUCGGAGAUGUACUGCCUUGGGGAAGCACCCAUGGAUGGCCCUGAUUACGAGAAGGCGGAGGAACUCAGGAGAUAUGGCAUGGCAUUGUAUGACUACUACAGGUCCAGCAUUCUGGGUGGCAGUUCCCGGCACCAGCAGCGUGUGCCAACCUUAACCUCCCUCAGUCAGAGGCGGACUUUGGCUUCCAUGGUGUCGCUGAGUUUAAACUCACCGCAGCUUCUGCGCGCAACGAGAGCGUACAAACCGCUGAUCAGCUUUGGCGCAGUUCUGCGGGAUCGCAGGUCAACGCGGGUGGGCUUUGGGCGCUCCAUGUCACUUGCGAAUCCCGACGAUGCCGAAGCGCCUCCUAUGAGACGAGAGGAUUCCAUCGAUGACUACAUGAUGAGCUUUCAGACGCGUUUCAUUGACCAGUUUUGGUCACACAGCUGGAGAGCCAAUACGAACAUGAAGGUGAUGGUGCUUCUUUUGUACUACAACCAGGCCUCGGCGGUCUGCCUGAGUAUUUUGGUGGGCGGCAUGGCAGUGACCCUGCGAGCCUCGCAGAUCCUGCCAUAUUUUGUGGAGAUUCGGUCUGUUCUGGGAGCCUACUCCUAUGCAGCCUGGACUACGAUUUUUGGCAUCGUGGCCUUCUUUGUGGUCUUGUUCACUUGGAGACCCAGACAGAGGGUCUUCUUGGACAAGGUUUGCAUUCAUCAAAAAGAUCCAGUGCUCAAGAAGGAAGGGGUGGAGAGCAUCGGUGCCUUUCUUUAUCAUUCCAAGACGAUGCUGGUCCUCUGGGAUCCCAGCUAUGCUCAACGCCUUUGGUGCGUCUUUGAGAUGGCGGCCUUUGCCUGGGCUCAUAGGAACGAUCUCAAGAACCGAGUUGAGAUUCGUCCGGUGAUUUUUGCCCCUGUAUACUUUGGCCUCAUGAUGGCAUCCCUCAUCAACUGGGCGUUGAUUUGCUUCUUUCCAAAGGACCUGGCCUUGAGCCUCACCUUUUGGCCGGCGAUCCAAUCUUUCAUUACCAUACUUGGAGCUCAUUUCCUGAGGUCGUUUCAUCGCGAUAUGACCAUUCUUCGUGAACACCUGUCGGAGUUUCAGGCCAAGAAGGCGAGUUGCUAUUGCUGCAGCGUGAACCAUCGUCUUCCAGAGACCGGUGAAAAAAUCGCUUGCGACCGGGAGGUGAUUCAGGCGUGCAUCAUGACGUGGUUUGGAAGCCUCACUGACUUUGACAGCUUCGUACAAGCAGAGUUGGCAGGCUAUUUCUGGCGAUCCUUGGGCCACUUCGGAUUGCCCUACCGCUGGGUGGUUGGCUCGCAACUUCCCGUUUUUUGGGCAUACAUGGACCUGAUUGCGGAGGCGAUCCCGACGCAAGAUAAGUGGUCGGUUUCUGCUCUGAUCAUCGAGGCCUUGGCGAUGUGGCUCUGCGCCAGUCCUUUGGUGGUCGCCUUUGUGAUCUGGGUUACCAAUUUGCUUCAACGAAAGCGCGACAGCGGCCUCUGUGAUUUGCUCGUCUCCGCCUCAGCAGCCUUGCUCACGUUGAUCCCCUUUACGUUGAUGACAUUCCUUUGGUUUGUCUCUCGUUUUGUGAUAUCAACGAACCCGCUGGCCGGGGCUUUGAUCUUUUUGAUCGUGUCGGCGGAGAUGACGACAAUGACAUUCAAGUGGGGUCGCUUGAAUUGCUUCUGUUGA